UAGAACUUGGAUUGAGCUCCUCGAGCUCGGUCGAACCGAGUUUUCAAAUGAAGUAUUUGAUUAUUUAAGAAAAAAAUCCCGUCCUGAGUCAUCAUCACUGAGAGAGCGCGCCAGCCCUUAACUGUCUGUCUGUCUGUCUACAACAGUGGGCAUGAAACGAUCAGUCUAUCUGGUUUGCUAGUUGCUGCUUCGUUGGCUCCGCCCGCCUCUGCAACGGAGCUCUCGAGGUCUGCUCCUUCACUUCUUAAACAUCUCAUUUUUUCUCUCGAACUAUCUCUCUCCUCAUAUAUACAUACUCCUUUUCAAAAUGCACUCGUCUCUUUCUCUAUCCACACCUUCUUCCUUCGCUCCAUCCGAUCGCACGGUGGUCUGUGACAUUUUUUCUGCACAAACCGGCUCAGUUGUUGUUGUUCCUCGAUCGAUUCCAUUCUGCGGUCUUCGAAGAGAGGUAUAUGGAUUCCGCUCUUCAACUUCAGCUCCACGACCACUUGCAAUUUCCUCUCACAGGCGGCAGAACAAGGUAAGAGCUUCUUCAAAGGAUUUCGACUACGAGUUGGUUAUAAUUGGGGCUGGUGUAGGGGGCCAUGGCGCUGCACUUCAUGCUGUUGAGAAGGGCUUAAAAACUGCUAUAAUUGAAGGAGAUGUUGUCGGAGGGACAUGCGUUAAUCGCGGUUGUGUUCCCUCCAAAGCCCUUCUUGCUGUAAGUGGUCGCAUGAGGGACCUUCAGAAUGAACACCACAUGAAGGCUUUUGGCAUACAGGUUACAGCUGCUGGGUAUGACAGACAGGCAGUGGCUGACCAUGCAAACAACCUUGCUUCAAAAAUACGAAAUAACCUGACAAAUUCGAUGAAAGCGCUUGGUGUUGAUAUAUUAACUGGUGUUGGAUCAAUCUUGGGUCCACAAAAAGUGAAAUAUGGGGCUAACAAUGUGAUAACAGCAAAAGACAUCAUUAUUGCUACGGGCUCUACACCAUUCGUGCCUAAGGGUAUUGAAGUUGAUGGUAGGACAGUAAUAACCAGUGAUCAUGCACUUAAAUUGGAAUUUGUUCCUGACUGGAUAGUCAUAGUUGGAAGCGGUUAUAUUGGUUUGGAGUUUAGUGAUGUUUAUACAGCCCUUGGAAGUGAGGUCACAUUUGUUGAAGCUUUAGACCAGCUUAUGCCUGGAUUUGAUCCUGAGAUUGGGAGGCUGGCUCAGCGUGUCUUGAUUAAUCCAAGAAAAAUUGAUUAUCAUACUGGUGUAUUUGCAAGCAAGAUUACUCCAGCGAAGGAUGGGAAACCCGUGAGUAUUGAGCUUAUUGAUGCCAAGACUAAGGAACCAAAAGAUACUUUGGAGGUAGAUGCUGCUCUUAUUGCUACUGGAAGGGCUCCAUUUACGAAAGGGCUCGGUUUGGAGAAUAUUAAUGUAGAAACCCAGUGUGGAUUUAUUCCUGUUGAUGAGAGAAUGUCUGUUAUUGAUGCAAAUGGAAAGCUGGUUCCUCAUUUGUAUUGUAUCGGUGAUGCAAAUGGUAAAAUGAUGCUUGCACAUGCAGCAAGUGCACAAGGGAUCUCUGUUGUGGAGCAAAUUUGUGGAAAAGACCACGUGCUCAACCAUUUGAGCAUCCCAGCUGCAUGCUUCACUCAUCCAGAAAUCAGCAUGGUUGGGCUAACAGAGCCUCAAGCUAGAGAAAAAGCGGACAAGGAAGGAUUUGAAGUCAGUGUUGCAAGGACAAGCUUCAAAGCUAACACAAAAGCCCUGGCAGAGAAUGAGCCAGAAGGACUUGCAAAGCUAAUAUAUAGACCUGAUAAUGGAGAAAUACUGGGAGCUCAUAUCUUUGGCCUCCAUGCUGCAGACCUCAUCCAUGAGGUAUCUAAUGCUAUAGCCAUGGGAACGCGGAUACAAGACAUAAAAUUUGCAGUUCAUGCACAUCCUACAUUAUCUGAAGUCGUUGAUGAACUGUUCAAGUCUGCCAAGGUUUGCAAGUUGCAGGUAAGGAGUAGGAGCACAGCCUCCUUAGGUCCUGAAUUGAGAUUCUCUGUCAUUUUACACUGGUUAAAGUUAACAUUUCUGGUCAAGUUGCUGAGCCAAUGGCGAUCUAAGAUCCUCCAUUGCAUUGCGUAAUUCCUGGAAUCAGCUGAACUUGUUUUACUAUUUUCUCGACAUUUUGUCCCGUUUCCCUAAUGGAGGCGCUUUAUCCUUCUUCCAAUUAUAAACACUAUGAAGGAGUCUUAGAUCAAACAAUUUACUUGGAUUGGUUAUUUUAUAGUGGAUUUUCCUAAGAGAAUAUAGGUAUGGAUUCCUCCAAUCCAUCCAUUUUGAGUCUAUUUAGAUAUCUUUUUUCCCUUCUAGUUUUAUUUGUAUCGUAUCAUCGAUUUAGAUACAAUUAAUUGUACGGCCUUUUAUUCUAUAAAUUCAAAUAUUUACAUA